UUGCACAGAAACCUUUCUUAUGAUAGACAUUUCUAUCACUAUUAGAUAUCAUUUAUACUUGUCUCAACUAUGCCACGUCCACACUGUGCUGCAAUCUUACUGUACUGCCCUAUUAUUUUAUUUAUUAUGAGUUAUUACCGAGGUUUAAAAUAAGUUUUCUAAAAACUAUUUAAAAUUGAUUUUUUCCAUUUUUUUUUUUUUUAUGAAAUUGAUACCAAAAACCCAUACAACACCAAACCGGUUUCUAAAAUUGAAACCAACCAUUUAUCUGUUCAUGCAUUAGUGUACAAAAUGUAUAUGUAAAUAAUCUUUGUUAUCGUAAAAUUCUCUCGCGUCUCUCAUUGUAAAAUUUUCCCUUCACUUCUCGUGUGUUUGUCAUCUGUUAUUGUAAAUAGUUAAUUUUAAGUGUUUGUGUUUUUCUGUUAAUCGUUUUUUCGGCAACUAUUGCUUUUAUAAUUAUUAUGUGUAUGAUAAAUUGUUUUGUCAUUACUUUUCUUUCGUUGAUAUUCGGCAACUGAAGCCAGCUGGUUCUUUUUUUUUGAUUGUGCAAAAUAAAUUUACUUUUAUUUGUAAAUGCAAUUUAAUUAUUGUAAUAAUAUUAUUUGUUUUAAUCAAAACCAAAAGUAUUACAUUCUUAUUGGUGAACAGAAAAGUGUUGAUCUUUUGGCGAAAUAAUCGCCUUCAUCCGACAGUGUGUCUUGCAUGUAAAUCGGUUAUUUCCGAUGUUGGGAAAAUGUAUGAGACAAAAUGUUGUAAAAAAAUAUUAUGUUACAAUUGCUUUUUGCAUAAUAAUAAAGAAAACUUUCUUAAAAGAUGUCCUUUUUGCUACAUGCUUACAAAAAAAGGUAAACUGUUUGAUAUAAUUAAGUUGAAAACAUUAUGUAAGGAAUGUAAAACAAAGGAAGGAAAAUAUAGCUAUUCUUCAAUUUGUCCACACGUAUUUUGCAAGGAAUGCUUUAAAAAAAAAAAAAAAGAAAGCGAUCAUUGCCCAUAUUGUAAUCAACCAUUAAUAAGACGCCAAGACAACCAGUGCACUUGUUGUUUUGAGGCUAUUACUAAUAAAACUGAUACUUAUAAACAUUGCAAUUCCAUAUUUUGUAAAUCAUGUAUUCUAAGUUCACUAAAAAUAAAAGGAAAUACGGACUGUUUAUAUUGCUCUAAAGAUAUAAUAACUACUGCACGUCGUUUAUGUAAAUCAGUUAUUCCCGAAGAUCAUGGGAAAGUUUAUUUGACAUCAUGUUGUAAAAAUAGAUUAUGUUUUACGUGCUUUAAGGAACACGGAAACAGAAUGAAUAUAUGUUUUAUGAAACCUGCGAACAGUUGGCGAAAUAUUUGUCCAUGUUGUCAUUUCAAUCAUCAAUAUGGUCCUCGUUACAGAAUAAUAAUGUUAAAAAAGAAUUGCAAAAAAUGUAAUACUAAUAUAGGAAAAUGUAGCAUUAGCUUUCUUUGUCCAAACUUGUAUUGCGAGGAUUGCAUCAAAACAAUAAAUAGAAAAAACCACACUUGCGUACAUUGAAAAUGAGGAAAUAUUAUGGUUGUAGAAAGAAGACAUCACUACAUAAAUACCUCAUUAUAGUUCUAAAUAGAUGCCGUCUACUUGUUGGGUCAACCAAGCUGUAUUUUUUUUUGUCCAUCGUUUUUAUCAAAAUAAAACGUUGAGUCGAUCUGACGUCUACUUGUGGUGUCAACUAAGGUGUUCAGUUUUUUUUUGUCCUCCGUUUUUUUUUUUUAAAUAAAACGUUGGGAUGUUAAUGAUGAUGCUGAUGUGAGGCGCAACUAUGGCCAGUGGUGGGCCGUCACUCAAGAACACGAUCAACAAGUACAACAUGAAACCCCCUUAUUAAUGUGAUGUACAUAGCACCUUUUAUUCUUCUUUUUUGUAUUUUAUUCUUUUCUUAUGAAUAUACACUAUACAGGGUGAUUUUUUUAUCAUAACCCACUCAAUUACUUGCAGAAUAAUAAUAAUUUAAACAUUUUUUUUUUUUUAUUAUCUUUAGUUACACAUUAUUCUUGAAUUUUUAACUAUGUAAUACUUUUUAAGUUCAUCCCUUAUGCCUUGGAGGGGGGUCAACUUUGUUUUUUUAAAUGGUAACACAUAUUUUUAAUUUAAUAAAAUGUUUGAGUUUUUAAUUUAAUAGUAAAUGGCAUUUGAAUUUUUAAUAUAACUUUAUUAGCUUAUUAGAUAUAAACAUUUAAAGUUUCAAAAUUUUGAGUUAAUAUACAUGUAUAAUACACAUGGGAUUGUAAAUACAGGUAGCUAAUUGGAUUUUUAUGACAUUGCUGUCUCAGUCACAGAUUGUUUAUUAUCAAUUAUGAUUAUCAAUAGAUAUACUUUCUGUAUUGUCAGUUAGUGUAUUUAUAAACUCAUAACAAUGUGCCUUACUACAAUUGAUAAUAACAAUGCUGUGUACCUGCUAAUAUCGAUGUUAUAAAAAACCAAUUAGCUACCUAUAUUUGUAAUCCCUUGUAUAUU